AUGAAGAAUCUCAUAUUCUUGGUAGCUCGACUGGUUUGCCUCGCCUCGCUCGCCACGUCGACCAGCCCCUAUGGCGACACGGACGUAGGUCUGGGCGAGGCUUACAACAUCGUCAGGUUCGUACGCUCGGCCGGCGCGAGCGUGAUCAAGCUCACCUCUUACAACAACGAUACGGCGUGGACCAACGCGCUCGCAGAGUCCAAGGUGCUGAUCUUCCCUGAGGGCACCGACGGUCGCGACAUCUCGAGCGACACGCGCCAGGCCAUCAUCAACUGGGUCUCCGAGGGCGGCGUCGUCGUGUUCUGUAUGGGCGAGACCACUCUGGCCCGUAUUCUCACAGCCCUGGAGCUCCGCCCCCUUGAGGCCAAGAGGGCUCUGAGCGGCGUUUGGGCCAAGAGCGAGGCGGCGCCGCAUCGUCCCUCUUCAGCAGCGGACCAGCCCAAGUGA